AUGGCUGGCCAAUCCAAGCCUGUACGCCUCUCUCCAUGGGGAAGCGCCGUUGCGGGCGCAACGGGCGCCGUUCUGGCAAAUGCGAUGGUAUACCCAUUGGACCUUGUGAAGACGAAAUUGCAGGUUCAAGUCAAGCAAACGAAAGGCGCCGAAGGACAAACCGAUGUCGAACACUAUGACGGGACUGUGGACGCUAUCACGAAGAUUGUAGAGAAGGAGGGAAUUACGGGCCUGUACUCUGGCAUUGCUGGCUCGCUGCUCGGAGUUGCCUCGACGAACUUUGCCUACUUUUACUGGUACAGCGUUGUUCGCACUCUGUACAUGGCUUCCAACAAGGGCUCCGCGAACCCCGGCACCGCGGUCGAGCUGUCUCUCGGUGCGGUGGCUGGUGCUGUCGCCCAGGUCUUCACCAUUCCAGUGGCAGUGAUCACGACCCGCCAGCAGACACAGCCCAAGGGCGAGAAGAAGGGAUUGAUUGAGACCGGUCGGGAGGUUGUUGACAGCGAGGACGGCUGGUCCGGCCUGUGGCGUGGCCUCAAGGCCAGCUUGAUUCUGGUCGUCAACCCCGCCAUUACCUACGGAGCUUAUCAGCGCCUGAAGGAGGGUAUUUUCCCUGGAAAGAAUAACCUUAAGCCUUGGGAGGCUUUCCUCCUCGGUGCCAUGUCCAAGGCUCUGGCAACCAUUGCAACUCAGCCUUUGAUCGUCGCCAAGGUUGGUCUGCAGUCUCGUCCCCCACCAGGCCGACAGGGCAAGCCCUUCAAGACCUUUGGUGAAGUCAUGAAGUAUAUUAUUGAGCACGAGGGUGUUCUCUCACUUUUCAAGGGCAUUGGCCCUCAGAUUAUGAAGGGUCUGUUGGUGCAGGGUUUAUUGAUGAUGACCAAGGAGAGGAUGGAACUCAUGUUCAUUCUUCUGUUUGCCUACCUCCAGCGCAUCAGGAAGGAGAAGCUGCAAAAGGCAGUUGACUCUGCUGCGGCCAAGGCCAAGACCAGCCUGCCCGCAACCCUGAAAUAG